AUGUGCAUCAAGCUCCUCUCCAAGCCCCUCAAUCCCAGAGCCCACCCGUGGGCCCCACCUCCAAAACCGCCGCCGUUCCUUCUUCUCUCUACUCCUCCUCCUCCGCCGCCGCCACCGCCGCCGUUGUUCUUCUACCCGAACUCCCCUGUUUUCGCGCAGAGCCGGCCGGUCUACUGGGUCUCCUACGGCCCGGUUCUCGGGGUCGACCUCCCCAAGGCGGCCGCCGGAGCAGAUUUGAAGUCGGCGUUCUUCACGGAAAAUGCGGUGAAAGGACAAGAAAGCCCUCCGGUCGGAGAGGCUGACUUCAGGGGAUGGGGCAGGGGAUGCCCCCCUCGUUUUUUCAGGCCGAGGAAUCGACUUGCUGCGGCCAGGCCGCCUCCUCCUCCGCCACCGCCGAACCCGUGCAGAAAGGAGUGGGUGACGAGGGUGGCGGCGGAGGCCGGCCGCCAGCUUUCCGGCGGCGAGUUGCGAAACACAACUUUGAUGAUCAAGAACAUUCCCAACCAGUUGAGGAGGGACUACAUGCUCAAGUUUCUUGAUGAGUAUUGCAAAUCAUACCAUCUUGAAUAUGACUUCUUCUAUUUGCCUAUGGACUUCAGGAAAAAGGACAAUUUAGGUUAUGCGUUCGUCAACUUUACGAGUCGCUUCUCGGCCCUAAAGUUCAAGGCAGCCCUUCAAGAUUUCAAGUGGCAAACGGUUUAUGACUCGGGCCGCCCCAUGUCUUCGAAGAAAAUUUGCGACAUCACGUGGGCCCGGAUUCAGGGCCAAAAAGCUCUAAUCGAAAAAUUCAAGGACUCGAGGUUCAAGUGCGAUAACCCGGAAUUCUUGCCCAUUGUUCUCGACCCGCCUCGUAAUGGAUCAAACGCUAGCCAGUCGUGUCUUGCUAAUUUGGGCUCGCUCGAGGGCCUGCAUUGACCAAGAUUUGACUUGAUUGGUCUCUUCUUCCUUGAACUUAAGUAGAUAUAUGUUGUCUGUUGUGUAGUUUGGGCUUUUGGUUUCUAGUGAUUGGUGAGCUGCCUGUGUUUUAUUCACAAGUCUCUCUAAGUGGUCUAUUGUUGUUAUUAUUCAAUUCUUGUGUUGAAUAAUGAUAAUAAUAGAUAUAGCUUGGGUGAAAUGGAAACAUGGUUUU